GGCCGGUGAUGGUACUCGGUCUCAGUGUAGUAGUGGCGCCGACCGGCCGACCGCUCGACAUGAAGCUUACCUGCAUCGCGUUGGUGUUGUGCGCGUGCGCGUGGUUGGCGGCGGGCGAUGUCGCCCACGUCAAGGCGGCCAAGGCGAAGCUGAUCGGCAGGAUUGCGGCCAAAGUGAAGCACCACAAGCGCGGCAUCCUGUCCGCGGUGCCGCCCUACAAGCUCGGACACGACAUCCCAGUCGUGACGCACUCCGUCGUGAAGCCGUUGGUCGUCUCGUACCCUCCCACUGCUGCUGUGACAGCGGUGAAGGUCCCUCUUACUCAUCCUCUUAUCUCGCGAUACCCGGUACCAGUAGGACAUAAAGUGCCCGUGCCUCAUCCUCACUACGGGCUAAAGUUCCCUCAUCAUUCAAAGACAGUGCUUUUGCCUAAACCUGACCAUCAUUUUCACCAUCACCAUCAUCACGUGGAACCAAAGCCGGUGUUCCCUAUCGUGCCCGCGGAGCCACUCCCUGCAACUCCUCUAGUCCCGGUGCCUCAGCCGACCGCUACGAUAGCGCAUCCUGUGCCAGUGCCGCCUCCCACGCCGGUGAUCCACCCUGCCCCAGUAUUACCUGCGCCAGUACUCCCCGCCCCAGCUGUGCCAGUGCCCGUAGCCGCACCAGUUAAUCAUGUACAUUUGAAGCCUGUUUUGCCUGGACCACCUGUGCCUCUACCGGCAGCCCCAGUUGUGUCUCCAGUGUACCCGAUUGCUCAACAGAUCCCGUACAUCUUACGCCCUGGUGGCGCUGUACAAACUUCAGUGUUCGCUCAAUAUCCUCGCUAUGCCUUUAAUUACCAGGCCCCCUUCCUACCUUUCGCAGCUGCCGGAGGAGUGGGUCCGGUGCUCUUCGAUCGUCCUCAGGUCCCGCCUUACCAUCUCGUGCCUCAAGGUGGCGCGCAUAAUGGAGUCGUAUUUGAGCAUCCUCAGCCCGCAGCACCUGUGCCUGUCGAGCCUAAUCUAUUACACCCCACACAGGUGAUCCCACAGCCUGCCGUUCAUUUGCAACCAGGUCAAGCGGAGGUGCAUCUACACCAACCUCAACCCGAUUUGCAUUUCCACCCUGGACAACCAGAAGUUCAUUAUCAUCCAGGACAACCUGAAGUACAUCUACAGCCCGGCCAACCUGAAGUCCACUUACAUCAAGGUCAGCCUGAAAUUCAUUUACAACCGGGACAGCAAGAAGUUCACUUACACCAUGGACAACCUGAAGUACACUUUCAACCAGGCCAACCAGAAUUGCAUCUUCAACCUGUGCAACCCGGAUUCCACUUGCAUCCUGGACAACCUGGUGUAUUGCAAUCCGGACAACCUGAAUUACAUUUACAACCUGGACAACCUGAGUUCCAUCUACAGCCGGGUCAAGCAGGUGUUCACUACCACCAAGCACAGCCGGAUUACCACCUUCAACCCGGGCAACAAGACGUGCACUAUCACUCCGGACAACCUGAGCUACAUCUCCAGCCCGGACAAUACGACAUUCACGGUCAACAAGGAAACACUGACGUCCACGUGCAACCCGGUCAAACCGAUAUCAACUAUCAUUCCGGACAACCUGACGUGCAUUUACAACCACAACCCGGCUUCAACUUGCAACCCGGUCAGCCCGAUCUGAGUGUGCAACCUCUGCAACCAAAUGUGCCCCAAUUUCAAGGACAGCCUGGCUUUCAAAUACAACCAUCACAGCCUGGAGUACACCAAUCCUCCGUGCCUCUAGAUCAUGAUGGUUGGAACCCAGUGCAGCCGCAAGCUCAUGACUUUUCUCAAGGCCAGCACCCAGAGGCACAAUACCCUCAAGACGGUCACCAUCAGUUCACACAGGAGCAGGGGACGCAGGUGUUCGAGCAGCACGCCGGGGACGAGCAGUAUGACUACCAGCACCAGCUGCAGCACCACAUCCAGACGCAGAUAGAACAGGGGCAGUACGAUCAAAACUACAACAACCACCAACUCGGCCAGGAGUACGGCACGCCGCAGCCGGCCCAGGAGUACGGGCAGCCCGCCCAGGACUUCAACUUCGCGCAGCAGCCGAGCAACGAGUACGGCGUGCCGCAGGCGGAAGGGCGCAGCUCGGAAGGCGAGGGCGAGCAGCAGCGGUUCCAUAACCACAUUCCCCUGGGCCUGCAGCCGCCGCUCGACCGCCCCCUCGACCAUUUCCGAUAAUCCCUGUGUGAGUGUUACCUCAUCGUGUGAUAGUGUAUUGACUGGCGAGUGUCGAGUAUCACGGACAGCGAGUUUUUGUGAAAUAUGUGACAAUGAUAUUGUUCAUUGUUCGAUCGAGUGCAUUCACGUUCAUGUAUUGCCUAAUACCGUCUACUGGUAACUUAUUAACAUAGCUUUAAUUCAAUUUAUUUAUUUUGUAAAUAAAUUAUAUUUUUUAAAUAAA